UAUUAUUAAAACACAAGAUGAGAAGUCUAGCAUGUCAGGUAAGGUGGCGUUUAUUGAAAUACAUGCAGGAAUUGAGAUUUAAACCCGUGUUAAAUACGUGGGCUUUUACUUUCGAGGGAAAUGACGCGACAUUGACGUACUUUUAGCGUCUGAAGCUAAGCUAGAAGGGAAGUGGAGAAGCCGUCCAGACUGCUUAAACUCUUCGAGUUGGAUUAUUAUACCAGUUAGAAGUGGGAGAAUCAGUCAGCAUGUUUAUGUACCAGUUAAAUCCAGUCAGUGAGAGUGGAACACACAUUGAUUUACCGACGUGCAUGUACACGUUACCCAACGUGCACGCGCAGCACGGGAGCAGCUCCAGCCAGCACGCGCUCCAGAAUGGAGAUGUGGAUCCUGCCAUCAAAGCACUGGAGGCCCGCCAGGACGAGAUCAUGCGCAAGUUGUACGCGCUAAAGGCAGCCGUAGAUGGCCUGGCUAAGACGGUCACUACUCCAGACGCUGACCUGGAUGUUACGACUCUGUCACAGAGUACAACAGAGUCCUCCUUCACGGGCACAGCUGAUCUCGAUAGUCUUCUUGGCAAAGACCCAGGUGCACUGAGGGACAUAGUGAUCAACGCUAACCCCGCCAGUCCUCCACUCUCACUGCUGGUGCUGCAUGAGCUGCUGUGCAAGAGUUACAGAGUGCUCUCCGCUGUACACGUGCAUUCGUCUGUCUCGAGCGUCCCCCCGGAGCUGCUCUCAUGCCUGGGGCAGCACCACAACAAAAACUAUAGCCGUGAGCGAUUCCAACUGGGUUUCACGCUCAUAUGGAAAGAUGUGCCGAAAGUGCAGAUGAAGUUCAGCACGCAGAGUAUGUGCGCCAUCGAAGGCGAGGCCAACGUGGCACGCUUCCUCUUCCGGCUGCUGGGCGCCGAACCAAAGGAUCCACUCCUGGCCACGCAGGUGGACAGCUGGCUUGACAUGGUCUUCUUCCAGCUGGCUGAAGGCGGUAACAAGGAGAGCGCGGCCGUACUGCGCUCUCUGAACGGCGCGCUGGGCCGUUCGACAUGGUUGCUGGGUAACGAACUUUCGCUGGCCGAUAUCGUAUGCGCUUGCUGCCUCCUUCAACAAGGCCAGGCCUUGUCUGCCGCGGCCAACGUACAGCGCUGGCUGCAGGCCUGCAGGAACCUCGAGCACUUCCACUGUAUCUGCGCUCUGCUGCAAUAAUGAGGCUCUGGGUCUUCUAAUACGGGUUUGGGCUUGGUGUUUGGGUUUAAUAACAUCAGACAAGAUGCUUUAUUAUGAUUGAAAGGUAAAGGAAUUACAGAAACCAACAGACAGUCCUGGGUAUAGGUGCUGUCUACCCUUCACCUUGUGCCUAACCUGAUACUGUAGUGUAUGUAUGGUGCCAUCUUUGGGUUCAAAUGUUCUUGGGUUUGAGUAGUUAAAAUGUGAAACGACAGACUUGUAUGAGAUCUUUAAAAUGUACUUUGUAGCCUUUUUCAAACCCUAAUAAAAAUUCAGACUGGGUCAA